AUGGAAGUCAGGGCUAGCGAUCCGCAAGGCAACCGCCCGAUAAAAGGCUACGUCGACCCCGACUUCUCAAACCCCAACGGGGAAUGGGACACGCCCAUAAUCAUAUACGGCUACACGCCAUCCUUUGCCCUCGCCACAUUCGCAGCAGUAUGGUUCUUCGUCCUAUUGCUCGCCCACUCGGUGCAAACCGCACGGAGCCGCACAUGGUGGUGGAUUCCAACAUCCGUUGGUCUCAUCUUCGAAGUCAUUGGCUAUAUUGCUCGCUCCUUGUCCGCGAAGAAAGAUCCAUACCACCUCAUUUACUUCGUGCUCAACUACUUCUUCAUCGUCACAGCGCCAGUGUUCCUCGCAGCGGGCAUAUACACCAUCCUCUCAGCCAUGAUCAACCAAAUUGGCCAGAGAUAUGCCUUCCUACGGCCGAGGUUCAUCCUAGCAUUCUUUAUUACAUCCGAUGCAAUCGCAACGAUUUUGCAGGUAGCAGGCGCUGCGAUGAUAGGCAAAGCCGAAUCAGAUAGGAAGGAUCCCACUACACCUAACAACAUCCUACUAGGUGGUCUGGCUGCACAAGUCUUCUCCAUGGGUUCCUUCGUCAUCCUAGCUGCGAGUUUCAUAUAUCGCGCCCGGAAACACAUCCGUAAACAUAGGUUGACGGGCUUUACGGCUGUUUUUGCGGCGGCGACGGUGCUGAUUUAUCUGCGGACGGCGUUUCGACUGGCGGAGACGGCGGAGGGUUUGUUCAGCAAACUGCAGACGAAUGAGGUGUACUUUGCUACUCUUGAGUUUGCGCCGGUGGCUUUGGCACUGUUGCUGUUGGCAGUGUGGCAUCCUGGCCGUUAUCUGCCGAGAAAGGUCAUGGCCGCUCAGGGUCAUGCUGUGGAUGGUGUGUAG